AUGGAUAUAGUCAUGGGAAAGAGGUUGGAACUCUUUGAAAAGAUAAAAGCUCUUCAUUCAAAAAACCAACAGGCAGUUGAUCAGGAGGCUCAUUCAAAUAAAGAAAAUAGCAAUGGUAAGUCUUGUUUAGAAAUACGAAAGUGAAUUUAUGCAUAAAUUUGCAUGAAAUAUGGUGAAUGUAGUUUCCGUUCUGUCUGUGAUAUAUAUUUGAUAGAAAGCACAGUUUUGUGGAAAACUAAAAUCAGUAAGAAUGAUAGAAACAUUAUGAACCCAAAACAAAAGGCUAUGUAUCUAUCAAAGUAAGUACUGUGUGUUACAAAGUAAGUAUUGCUCAGAGCAGGGAUCGAACCUGCAGCCUCUUAGUUUCUAGAUAAGCACACUAACCAACUGCGCCACCGAGAACUCUGUACUUGGCGAGAGGUUUUAUGCGAUCUAGUUUGAGUAAUGAUGUUAUGUCUGCUUUGUACAUGGAUUUUCCAGAAAAGAUUCACACUCCCCCCACAGAGGAAAUUUCUGCUGUCCGGAGGGGCAGGGGAGACAAAAUUGUUUCUGAUAACAGUAAAUGUAAGGACUGGACAUCCGAAGGGGGUAUGGGUGUUUUCUGGAAUGACCCGGCCAUUGAAGCACAGUGGUUUGUUACAUUAUGCAUUGAAACUUAAAUUAACCCAAUAAAGGAACAAUGUCCCCUGGUGUACCCUACCUUGUUGUUUACUCAUUCUGUCUAACACGAGAUGAAUUUAGCAAUGUACAGUUCAUUGAGGAAAGAAAAAAACAACAAAUGUUACCCAGUAACAAUUGGUCUAUAACAGUCCAAAUAUUUCAGUUUUUAUUCCUACAAUAUUUAUAUUAGUUAUAAGUACUAGAUAAAACAUGAGCAGCCGAUCUGUAUCUGAUAUACAAACUCGAGCCGAAGGCAAGAAAAAUGACAUCUUCUGGGUUCAUUGGUGGUCGAAGUAAUUUUAAAAAUAAACAUUGUCUAUGCAGACAAAAUCAAAACUGCAUUUUAUGUAAAUCAGGACAAAUCUUUAUCUGAUUUACAAACAUUGAUUAAACAUUCAUUUCUUUUGUAUUUUCCUUGUGAAUUAUUAUUGAAUUUUUAAAUUAUAUAUGCUGAUUUUGCAACUCUGGCAACUUAGCUAAGAUGGAGGAGUUCCUAACCCAAAAAGUUCCCAUUUGCAGUAUACCAGAGAUUGGAUUUGGCAGGGGUGAGUACAAUAUACGUAAAAAUAUAGGGCAUGGCACCACAUAAAAAUAGGUAUGAGAGGCAUUCACCCCCUGUCAUUUUGAAUGUUUUCUGGAGGAUAACAGUCUCUCCUUAGCACACUGGCUAGGAACAUGGCAGCAGUUAUGUAAACAUGCAUCAAAGGUGCCAACAAGGAGUACGAUCUCUGUAUCUGUACUCUAUGACCUUAUGUUUAAUUUCUCUGCCUGCCUGCCCUCCUCCAGACACGCGUAGAACGUGCAGGAUCUAUGGAUGUUUUCGUUCAUAUCUUCGAUUCAAUAAACGCUAUGUCGUUGAAAAUACCACCAUUCGAUUCAGUGUAAAAAUAUAUACUUAUUCAUAACAAUAGAUUCAGUCAAUGACAACAUUAUAGCGAUUUAUGAGCUUUGAAAGUCAAGCGAGCUCGUAUAUGAUCAAAUUAUGCAAUAUUACUAACAAAUUAUAAACAUAAACAUACCUUUCGCCGAACAUAACUUUGGCCGCUUGAGAUGUAUGCUCAUUGUGACACUCUUGUUCGAUUAACCACUCGAAAUGCUGUAUACUGUGUUAUUUUCAACCUUCUAUCUGUAAAUUCUAGCCAUUUAUUACCAGAUUUACAUUUCUGGUCCGAGUUUGAUUUUAUCCAAACCGGAAAUACGACUUAAAAGUGUCGAAACAAUGCGACGUUUGUAUCGUAUGACUCUGUCAAGGUCAGAAAUGGAUUCUACAGGUCAAAUUGCACCUAUACGCGGAGUUUGACGUCAUCCCGGCUAAAGGAGCUCCUUAUUGCCCAAGUAUUAUGCAAUACAUGCACGUGCGAGUAAAACCUGAUAUCCUUGAAAGAUUCAAAAUAAAUAUUUCUAUUCGCUGUAUUCAUACGAAACUUUCUACACGAAAGCACUUGAAUACAAAGAAUCUUUUACUCAUAUAGGCUUUUAGAAAAUGACAAAAAGUUUAGAAAAUAUUCAACUUUUUCUCGAUAUGUCGAACAGAAUGUUUGGCCAAGCGGUGAGUAUAAAUAUAUGAUUGUUUUGGUUUGUGUAAUGUUAUGACGGUAGUUAACCCCCCGUUCGAAAGGUUAUUUCGAGAGGAUUUCAAUGGUGCGUUUUGUUUUAAAGGGGGGGGGAAAUACUCGCCAAGAUAUUUACAUUAGAAACAUUGUCUCGUAAUGUAAUGCGAAACCUGCUGCCGUCCAGGGUGCUGAGAAAGAGUUAAACAGAGCUCGUAAAAGUAUAAAAAAAUUAAACAGAAAUGCUAUUUAAAUGCUCUUUACGAAAUUGAUCUUUGCACUGAUGAAAGAAGUAUCCCCAAUUAAUUCAACUAAACCUUCAAAAGAAGUACCUCUCCUAAAAGCGUGCUAGCGGUUAAAUAGAGAAUAAUACAUGGGUGCGCAGAUUUAUUUUGAGUGUUGAACAUGAUAUCUCACGAGUGAGCACAGCAAAAGAGUGAGAUAUCAUGUUCAACAUGAGGAAUUACUGGAAUUCAAUCAUUGGAUCGACAGGAAAAUUGUAUAAUUGUAGCUAGUAAUUUGUAAAAAAAUCACAAGUAUGCAAUUACUAUAUGUCAUACUGUGUACCUUUUUGUUUGUAGAAGCAAUUAAGCAUCAUUUGCUACAGUGGUUCCAUGAGAAGAAUCGUAAAAUAGACGAUGGAUACAAUUAUGAGGUAAACUUAUUUGAAUCACUUUUAGUUAGUACGUCCAUUUCUCUCUGUCAUGUGACUGAUCACUUUCUGUUAUUAUCAUGGUAUGCGAUUAAUGUGCAAGUUGCUAAUGUGCAUACUGCAUAUAGUCGUAUCAUACUGUGUAGUGUGAUGUUACUCCUUGAGCGCUGAAAGUUUAUUUUGAUUUCUCCCCUUAAAGAUACCCCAUAUACCGGCAAAGCGGGCAAAACAAAGUGAAGAUAGCACAAACAGUUCAUGCUCUGAUACAUGGAGCACAGACUCUGUGCAAAGCUCAGAGACUGAAGGUAGGAAAUGCUUGUAGAUUGAAAUUCUUACUUACUGUACAGAUUUAAUGAUGGAAUAGAAACAAUAGACCUGUUUAUUGCAAUUUCCCAAUGGCCUAUUUUCCAUGUUUUGCCUAUUUUAGAAUGCUGGCAGACAGGUUAUAUGUCCAUGUUUUGAUCUUAAACCCAACCUCAUGAUGUCUAAUCCUUACCCUUCUGUGUACAAAAUGUACGGAAACGAGACAUUUUGAGAAAGUGCAAUAAACAGGAGGUCUCUUGUAUUAUUGUAUUACUGCAGAUUCAGGUAGACCGUUUAAUGCGAAUAGUUGUCGCGUUCGUUUUAACAGUUGUAUGAUGACGUUUCUAGGCAGAUUUUCGACGUUUCUAAGGCGUGGCUUCAACGUUUAUUUUUAAAAUUUGAACGUUGUAAUUACAAGGUAAUUGCUAAAUAGUAUACUUCAAAAUAAGGUUUCCGUUUUUAUAACGUAGAAAAAAUAUCCUAACGCAAAACUAAACCCUAACCUAACCCUAACUUAUUUAAAAAAUUGAUACUACCACUUUCGAGCUUCCAUGAAGCGUGCAAUUAUAACUACGUUUCAAAAUGUUUCUUCAGCAUGAGUUUGUCAAUCAUAACUUUUUGUUUUGCAAUAAUAACUUUUCUGGGCGUGGUGUCAAGCACAUUGUUUUGCACGCGAAAAUUUCUUCUUAUUUUUCACACGGACUGACUUUAUACUGACAAAAUUGCUAUAGAAAGCGAAAUAACAGAUUUAUAGCACCUUCUGGAUAUGUUUACGUAACAAACCUCUGUAAUACAAGUGCCCUUUUGAGUUUUGACGCUGAAAUUCAAAGUUUCACGUGCAAAACAAUAUGUUUUAUACCACGCCCACAGAAGUUAUUAUGUCAAAACAAAAUGUUUUAGGAGCGAAAUAAAAUGUUUUGAAUGACAAACUCAUGCUGAAGAAACGUUUUAAAACCUAGUUAUAAAUGCACGCUUCACGGAAGCUCGAAAAUGGUAGUAUAAAAACGGAAACCUUAUUUUGAAGUAUAUUAUUUAGCAAUUACCUUGUAAUUACAACGUUCAAAUUUUAAAAAUAAACGUUGAAGCCACGCCUUAGAAACGUCAAAAAUCUGCCUAGAAACGUCAUCGUACAACUGUUAAAACUAACGCGACAACUAUUCGCAUUAAACGGUCUACCUGAAUCCACAGUAAAGGUUUAACAUUUUUUGUACUGUAGGUGACUGCGAUGAUGAACCGAGUGAUGAUAUAGCUGACUUGAGUUUAAAAUCUGCACGCUCUAUCAUGUUGGCCACGUUUAAGGUCCUGUCAUUGCAGCAUCUUACCAUACGAAACCAUCUUUUGCCAUUAGGAAAAGUCCUAAAAGUUAAAUGCCGUUCGCAAGGGAAAUAUGAAAUGGUCAUACCCUUAGCCAAAGCACUGAUUGAUGCUCACCACAUUGAAAUUGAAUCAGAGGGUAUAAUUAACUACAAGAACAUUUUGAGAAAACAAGUAAAAGUAGUCACAGCCAUUGAUGAACUUCUAUAG